AAUGCAAUUGAUGCGGAUCUGGCGAGCAGUUGUUUCGUGAAAAUAGUCCUACUGUCGAUUCAUUCGAAUUCGAUUUGUCCAGAGGCGAUUCCGGCAGCCACAAAGUUGAUUCAGAACGAAAUCACAAAAUCUGAGUCAAGGCUGAGUCCGCAACAAUUGUUUCUCCGCAAAAAAGCGCAUAUAUGCAAAUAUCUGGCGAAAAAUCUAUUGGAUGUGAAGUUUAGCGAUGUGAAUCUCGACGAAAAUGGUGCGUUUGAAUUUGUUUUAGUUUAA